AUGCAGAUCCUCGAGAUCUCGAUCGAUGCGCUGGAGUUAGCGAAGCAAGCAGCAGCAGGUCUUCCCUUCCCCGGGUUGAGUCUCGCCAUCGAAAGUGCCUUGAGCAUGGCGAAAAAAGCCAGGGAGAUCGAAGACACUCGAGACGAGUGCCGAGCCCUCGCGGAACGUGCGGCGACAUUCGUCCUGACAGUAUACCAGCAGCUCAAGCACGGCAGCGGCGAGACGGCAGGAAAGGAGCAUGUCACGACGUUUCUGCACAACUUGCUAGAUAUCGAGAACUUGAUGGUCCGUCGCCUGCGAGCAGGAAGAGUACAACGCAUCUUGUUUGCACUCAAACGCGGCAAAAUCGCUAAGGAAGUCAAGACGCUGACGGCAAAGCUCGAAGAGUCCUAUCGCAUCUUCUUGAUCCAGUCUACGCUCGCCAUUGACCAGAGCAUGAACACACUAACGAGCGGGAACAUUCGCAUGAUGCGGCACAUCGACGACUCUGCCCGAGUGGGGGAAGUUCUGCUGGGAGAGACCAGGGUGAUCCGCACCGACCUCUCCGACCUUGCGUAUCAUGUGGGAGGGAGCGCGACAUUCGAUGGAGAUUUUCGGCUCUUCGCGCGUGAGAAUCUGGCUUUACUAGAGCCCUUCGUCGAUUCGUUGCGACAUGGAGACGAAUACACCAUCGUCCAGGCAACUGCUCGGCCGCCGGCUGGACGCGUCUUCCGCUACCGCGCCGUCGUGGAGGCUGCGGGAAAUCUGACCGGAACGCAGGUGGUGGUGUACGAGUAUCCUAGUCGCGACGAUCGGCAGUUCGUGGAGGCCGUAAAAUUUGCCAAGCGAACCCGUCACCCGCACUUGCUGGCUAUGAUAGGAUACUCCCGUUCGGGGAAUCCAGGCGAUGCUGCAUACAUCGUGACAGAAGUAGGACGCCGCUACACGCAGAUCGGCACAGCCACGCGGCGAACAUAUUACACUGAGACCAUUGUCUUUUGCACCACGGAGACCGUAGUUCCACCACUUUGGUUCUUCGUGUUCCAAUUCGACGGUGAUAGUUCUGCUCACGACUGCAUUAUCCCGUCUGGCUUCUGGUCAUUGGAGAAGGAUCCCACCUCCAUUCCGGCGGAUACUAUUGCCCUCGCUUCACCGCAAGAUUUUGUACCCCUCCAGGAGGUGGACGACCAAAUAUUUGUCACGGUACAAGCACUUGGAGACUUUAAAUCUGUCACAUGGACAAAGAUGAACACCGAAUUUCUACAGCUCAGCGAGGACGAGUUGUCAGCCUUCAGAGAGUUCAAAGAGGGCCAUCAUUGA